AUGCGCGUCAGCGGCGGCAUACUUCUUAAGGUUGCCGGCGACGAGCGCCAUCAUCAUCAUCAUCAUCAUCAUCAUCAUCAUCAUCAUAAACUCGCGCCAACCCGUUGCGCCAUUCGCACGCGCUCGCCGCCCUUCAUCACACCCAAUUACGCCCACCCGUCUAGCAAACUUCCCUCACAAUCUCUACCGUUAGCUGCCGCCCGUCUCCUUCCACCUCCGCCGUCGUGUCCUCCACCGGGAGGCAGUCAAAGCAUUGCUGCGAGUCUGUCAAGCAAAGGGAACAAAUUGGGCGGACAAAGGGGAAAUCCGCUCUACUGUGGGGAGAGCGGUUGGCAAAGCUGGCCUAAAGGGGCAAGGGAAAGGGAUGUCCUGAGCUGGUUCGCAGCGCUUACGGGCCAGUUCUUAGACCUCGCGGAAGAGCAGCAGUUGGCCUCCCGGGUUCGACGCCGACCGCUGGCACAGCCCCACCAGCCCUUGGAAGGCUCCACGGCCGACCGCAAGUUGGAUGUCGGCUUUGUGGACGACCCGAGCGCCGGCUUGGACUCAAAAUGCCACUGGAAGCAGAUUCUUGUGCCAGGAGAACUUAAGAGCAACCCAUCGGCCGAUACAGCGUCUAAAGCAUGGCUAGACCUGGGGCGAUAUGCAAGAGAGGUACUCGCCGCCCAGGACAAUCGCCGCUUUGUCCUUGGCUUUACUCUCUGUGGAUCGCUCAUGCGGCUGUGGGAGUUUGACCGACUAGGGGCUAUUGGCUCCACGCAGUUUAAUAUUAAUAAAGACGGGCUACAAUUUAUAUCCGCGGUGCUCGGGUUCCUCUGGCUAAAUAAGGAGCAGCUUGGAUUCGACCCUUCUAUUUUUACCACUGAUGGGAGCACAACCUGCUGGAAAGCCCAUCGUGAGGGAGACAAUUUGCGAAUGCCCCUUGUCAUCAAGAACUCGUGGCAGUUUCUAGAGCGUGAGGAGGAGGGAGAGUUGCUGCGCGAGGCGACUGAGAAGGACGUGGUUAAUGUCGCGAGAUACUAUCACCACAAGACGGUUCGUGUGGGCGGCCAGGACGACGAUAUACGCGGGAACGUGCGACGAGGCCUAGACGUAACAAAAGCGAAAAACUACAAACCGAAAAGCUCGAUACCGCCUCCUCCAAGCAGCGCUGGAGGCCCCAUCUCACGAAAAGGCCAAAGCAGCAGCGCCGUCGGACGGAAGCGGUCCUUGAGCUACACGGACGCGCCGUUGCUGCCUAGCAAGCGAAUUUGUUCGAGCUCUCCGAUCAAAGGUGGAAGGGCGACAGCGAAUCGAGUGCAUCGCCGCGUUAUUGUCCGAGACUACGGGAAGGCCAUCUACAAGGCGAGCUCUACAGUUAGCCUGUUGGCUGCGCUGGAAGGCUGCAUCGACGGAUACAAGUCGCUACACAAACGGGCCGGCAUGCUACAAUGCGAUAUCUCGCCGAACAACCUUAUGGUGAAUGAGGACGAGGGCAACCCCUCCUGGCGUGCGUUCUUGAUCGAUCUCGAUCUUGCCAUCAGGGAGCAGCGGGUGAAAGCUUCCGGAGCAUGGGGGAAGACCGGCACACGAGCGUUCAUGGCGAUUGGGAUACUUUACCACAACGAGCCACAUUCAUUCAUGCACGACCUGGAGUCCUUCUUCUGGGUACUUUUUUGGAUAUGCAUUCACUACAGCGGAUCGCAGCAGAGAGUGGUCCAACAGUUCGACAAAUGGAAUUAUGUGAACACGGAGGAGUUGGCCAAGCUGAAGCUAGGCACAGAGGUGGAAAGAUCCGAAUCCGAAGUUGUACUCUGA